AUGAAGGGCAUGGCCUCAUCACCCCGCGAUUUGGGUCACCACACCGAAGCCGUCGUGCCAGGUCCCCGCCAAACCCCCGCCAUAACCGUUACUGGCCGGCUGAAGCGACCACGUCCCGCUGACCAGCCUGCGGCAGCUGCUAACCCAGAUGAAGCCCUCGAGGACCUGGAAGAUCGGGACCAGUCCCCCGAUCGAGACGCAGUGGCAUCAGCGCUCCAGGGCCGCGGUGCGGUAGUGGCAGCCGCGGCAGGCGCACAGAAGCCACCUGGCGCGAGGCCGGGCUUGGACGUUGAGGACGACGACGAGGAGGACGCGGGGCUGAGGAGGGGACGUAAGGUUCGCAAAACUGCGCGGAUGAUUCAGGAUGAGGACGACGACGACGAGGAGAUGGACGCGGCCAGAUCCCAGCGUUCGACAGGGAGUGGUGGUGUGGACGUGGGCCUCAGAGGCAGUGCAAUGCGGGGCGGUGCUGGUGUAGGUGCGGGGGCGGCGCCACCUGCAGCUGCUGCUGCUGCAGCUGCAGCUCAGCGCCCCGGUGUGGCAGCCGGUCGGGCGGGCGGCGCUGUCAGUAUGUCGGUAUCGCCUCCGAGCCGCGGCAGCACUUCCCCGUCUGGCAGCUCCGGAGCGUACGGCCAGCCCGCGAACAGCAACAGGACGAGGGCCGUCGCCGCAGCGGCGGCGGCAGCGGCGGCGGCGGCUGCACGAGCGGGCAAGCCACCAGCGGGCGCUGCUGGCCCUGGCGGGUGGAAGCCGGCGACGGCGCCGACGCCGACGCCGGCGCCGGCGGCGGCGCCGGCAACGAAAUCCGCAGCCCCUAAUGCCGGCGCCGCGGCCCCCACUGCCGCGGCCGGUCGCGGCAGCCGCAGCCGCAAGCCAACCAAGCAGUUUGGCGCUGAGAACGACGGUGAGGAGCUAUCGGACGACCCAUUCGACAAGGAGGAAGAGGCGGAGUUUAAGCUGGUGACGGACGACGAUGACGAUGGCGAUUACGAUGAUGACGACGACCUAGGGGGCCGACGGCGAGGAGGCUGGAAGCGGCGCGGCGGUUUCGGAGCCGGUGGGAGCUCGGGAAGGCCGGGAGGCGGCCGCGGCGGCUUCUUCGGGAACAGGAUCUUCCUGGAGACCUUCUCGCCCAUUUACAAGCAGGUGAAGGGGGGAAAGGAGGGGUUGAAGGGGGUCGAGCAUAGGCGAGGUUUAGGCCUGGCGUACGACUUUUUAAUUGCGAUUUCGGAGCCGGUGUGCAGACCUGAGGCCAUGCACGAGUACCAGCUCACUCCGCACAGCCUGUACGCGGCCGUGUCUGUGGGGUUGGAGACUGAGACCAUCAUCAAUGUGCUCAAUAGGUUAGUGGGACUGUCCAAGGUGCAGCUGAGCGAGGAGACCAAGAGCUUCAUCAGAGAUAGUACGGCAAAUUACGGCAAGGUGAAGCUGGUUCUGAAGCACAACCGGUUUUACGUGGAGUCCACCCACCCCGAGGUGCUCAAGCGCCUGCUCAAGGACAAGGUCAUCCAGGAGGCUGCUGUGGGGGGAGGUAUCAUUCAGAGCAGUCGGGCCCUACGUGAGCACGCAGCCGCCAACAUCACCACCGCCGUCGAUAUGGUGGGGGAAGAGGCGCCACCCCAGGAGCCACAAAAGCCCGAAAAAGGGCUGGGGGACGAGGCGGGAAAGACGGCUCCAGGGGGGUUCGGCGGCGGCGACGGCAAGGGGGGCUCGGCGGCGGGGGAGGUCGUGGCAGAUGGUGAGGAGGACGACGGUGUGGGGGCGUACGGCAAGGCGUUCAAGGACAUCUCGGCGGAGGAAACUGAGCAAGAGGUGCAGGAGUUCGAGGUGGAGGAGGUUAAGAAGCGAUGCAUGCCUGAGGGCCUCAACUACCCGAUGCUGGAGGAGUACGACUUCCGUAACGACCGCCGCAAUCCCGACCUGCUGCCGUUCGAGCUCAAGCCGCAUGUCAAGUUGCGGCCGUACCAGGAGAAGUCGCUGUCCAAGAUGUUCGGUAACGGACGAGCUAGGAGCGGCAUCAUCGUGUUGCCCUGCGGUGCGGGCAAGUCCCUGGUGGGGGUGGCGGCGGCCUCCAGAGUCAAGAAGUCGUGUCUGUGUUUGUGCACCUCCUCUGUGUCGGUCGACCAAUGGAAGUACCAGUUCCAGCUGUGGACGUCCAUUGGGGACCACCAGAUCGCCCGAUUCACCAGCGAGAACAAGGAGAUGUUCCCGGGGGAGGUGGGCGUGCUGGUGACCACCUUCACCAUGAUUGCCUUCAGCGGCAAGAGGUCCGAGGAGAGCGAGCGCAUCAUGAACUGCAUUCGGAGUCGCGAGUGGGGGCUGCUGCUCAUGGACGAGGUGCACGUGGUGCCAGCGCAGAUGUUCAGAACGGUCAUCUCCACCUGCAAGUCCCACUGCAAGUUGGGACUAACUGCCACUCUCGUACGCGAGGACGAGCGCAUCGCGGAUCUCAACUUCCUCAUAGGGCCCAAGUUGUACGAGGCCAACUGGCUGGAUCUUACCCGAGCUGGACACAUCGCGAACGUGCAGUGCGCGGAGGUGUGGUGCCCCAUGACCGGGGAGUUUUACCGGGAGUACCUCAAGAAAGAGAACGGUCCUCGUCGUCAGCUGCUGUACUGCAUGAACCCCAACAAGAUCAUUGUGUUUUCCGACAACAUCUGGGCUCUACGCGAGUACGCCACCCGAAUGCGCAAGCCCUUCAUCUACGGCCCCACCUCCCAUGCGGAGCGGACGCGGGUGCUGCACGCCUUCAAACACAACCCUGACAUUAACACGGUGUUUCUGUCCAAGGUUGGAGAUAACUCCCUGGACAUUCCGGAGGCCAAUGUGUUGAUCCAGAUCAGCUCGCAUGCGGGCAGUCGGCGGCAGGAGGCGCAGCGCCUGGGCCGCAUUCUGCGAGCCAAGAAGGGCAUGGGGGGCGGGCCGGACGGGGAGGAGAUGUACUACUCCACGAAGCGACAACAGUUCCUGAUCGACCAGGGCUACUCCUUCAAGGUGGUGACCAACCUGCUGGACGCGGCUGCGGGUUCUGCGGGCCUUAUGUAUUCCGAUAAGUCCUCCCAGCUGGACCUGCUGUCCCGGGUGCUGUCUGCGGGUAUGGAGGAGGCCGGGGUGGAGACGCUGCGAGACGAGGACGCGGAGGGGCUGGCGGCGGCGGCGGGCCAGAGGCCGGCGGCGCGGCGCCGAGUGGGCGACAUGGCGGCGCUCACUGGCGCCUCGGGGAUACGCUACCUGGAGUUUGCGUCGGGAGGGGUUGGCCGUGGGGGUGGAGGGGGUGGUGGUCGGGGUGGCCGGGCGGGAUACCAGGGUGCUAAGGCGCAGUCGUGGGCCCGCAAGCUGGGCAUUGCGGCCAAGCGUUGA